ACACUAUAAAUACGACAAGAGCAAGCAACACAAACAAAGAAAGAUGAUCUAAUUAAGUACUAGGAAAAUUGUCAUGGCAACAGAUAAGGUUAAGCUUUUAGGGUAUGUUUUCAGUCCAUUUUCCCGUAGAGUGGAGUGGGCUCUGAAGCUGAAGGGCAUUGACUAUGAGUAUGUAGAAGAAGAUAUCUUCAACAAAAGCCCUCUUCUUCUGCAACUCAAUCCAGUUCGCAAAAAAGUUCCAGUUUUGGUUCAUGGCAACGAAGUGGUCUCUGAGUCAUUCACUAUUCUCGAAUAUAUUGAUGAGACAUGGAAGCAAAACCCAUUGUUGCCUCAAGAUCCUUAUGCAAGAGCCAUAUCACGCUUUUGGGCUAACUUCACGGAAGAGAAGGUUCUGGAUGCUGCAUUUACAGCUUUAAUAUGCUCCACAGGAGAGCAACAAGAAAAGGCUUUGAAAUCAACCAUUGAGGCCUUGGAACACAUAGAAGGAGACCUCAUGGGAAAGAAGAUUUUAGGAGGGGAAAGCAUUGGGUAUUUGGACAUUGCAAUGGGAUGGAUCUCUUACUGGCUGCCUAUUUGGGAGGAAGUAGGCUCCGGGCAGGUUUUGGACCCUUCAAAAUUUCCUGCAAUCAUUUCAUGGAUCAACAAAAUUCUUAGCCACCCUGUGAUCAAGGACAACUUACCUCCUCGAGACAAAGCGGUUGCUUAUUUUCAUGGGAGGAGAAAUUUUUACACUUCUGGGAAGACUUAGCCAUAGAUGCUCGUCUGCCCAUAUUGUACUAAUUUCUAAAACUAGAGUUACAAUAAAUGUGAUAUAUGUAAUAUGGUUAAGGUGUGUAUUAAGAGUAUUUUACCUUUGCUUCUGAAGUGUUAUGUUCGAAUCUCUCAUCCUAAUUACAGUUGUUUAAUAAAUUCUAUCGGCACACGCUUCAUGCA